AUGGAGAAGCUUCUUCUGGGUGUGCUGUUCCCCACCAUUCUGUCAGGAGCUGUGACACAUUCAGAUCUGAGAGGAAAGGCGUUUAUCUUCCCUCAAGAAUCAGACACAGCCUAUGUAUCCCUGAUCCCAAGGGUGAAGAGGCCACUGCAGAACUUCACAUUGUGCCUGAAGGCCUUCACAGACCUCACCCGUCCUUACAGCCUCUUCUCCUACAGCACUCAGUCACAGGCAAAUGAGCUUCUUCUUUUUGUGAACAAAAUGGGAGAGUACAUUCUGUACAUUGGGAAUGUUGGAGCCACUUUCAAGGCCCCAGAGUCACCUUAUGCUCCAAUCCGUGUCUGUGCCACCUGGGAGUCUGCCUCUGGAAUUGCCGAACUCUGGGUGAAUGGGAAACCACUGGGGAGGAAGGGUCUGAAGAAGGGGUACUCUGUGGGGGCAGAGGCAAAGAUUAUCUUGGGACAAGAGCAGGAUUCCUUUGGGGGGAAAUUUGAUGCAAAACAAUCUUUGGUUGGGGAGAUAUGGGAUGUGUCUUUGUGGGACCGCGUGCUCUCCCUAAAGGAGGUGGGUGCCUCGCGUUACAAUGGCAAUGUACUAAAUUGGCAGGCCCUGCAUUAUGAAGCCUCUGGAUAUGUGGUGAUUAAGCCCAAGGUGUGGGUUUGAGCCUUGCUCUCUUCAGACAUGAUUUGUGUUUAGUGAUAAUCAAAAAUAUCAUUUGGAAUUAAAUGCAUUGAUUUUAUUAAUUUCGCCUCUGUUAAGAUGAUGUAAAUUACGUAAAGAAAACAAGGGAUAGGUAGGCCCUCAACAUACAUGCUUUAUUGUAUUGUUGCAAAAAUCACUUCAGGUGAAUUGCACCAUAAUUCUCUGUAGCACCAAACUAUAUGUACUCAAGGAAACACACUCCUUUCAGCAUUGGGUUCCAAUCUUACAGUGACCUACACAGCUGUGAGGAGGUCCUAUGGGGGUUCUGUAUACUCAAACUCAGCAAUCUAUAAAGAUGACAUGGCAUCUGAAGGGAAGGGACUUUUAAGAAUGGGCUACUAUAGUGAGCAGGAUCCCCAUAGAGAUUCUCGAAAUUAGCACUUCUCAGAAGCAGGGUUGUGAGAGUGUUUCCUUUGCACUUUACCCAGAAAGGACUCAGGAACCCCAGAUAAGGCAAAAAUAAACUUCCCUGGAAGCCCUUCUUCACACAGGCAAUGUCUAUAAAAACAUGUAUUUCCUUCUCAGUCCUUCCAACAUCAGGGAUUCCUAAGUCUGUUAUUUGACAUGCACUUCCGACGCAUCUUCAAUGGGGGACAUUUGGACUGUUCUUAGUGGAGAGUAGAGUGAUGGGUGGGAGAUACGGAUUGAUCUCUACUUACAACAACUCUUACGGACAGAAAGACUUCUGGCAAGUUUUGCCUACUUUUUUUUCCAGACCAAAUCCUAAAGUUUUUAAACUUUCUUACAUAUCAAGAUAACCUUCCCUUUAAGAAAACAAUAAAAUUAGGAGAACUAGAAGAUUCCCAGACUCUUCUUGUCUAGAAAAAUGUUUAAACCUGGAGUUUAAAAUAGGCACCCAACUGUUCAUAGAAAAUGAUCAAUGUAAUGAUGAAGAAUCAGAGAAGAAUAAGGUAUCAAGUAAAAUUCUACAUAGAAAGAAAUAAAUAUCAUUGGACUAAUUUCUAGAUAUGAGAUAGCAAGGUUAGUAAGGAUGUGGGAUUAAUACAUUUAUUUUCAAAAAGACCUUCAGAUAUCCCUAUGCUUGUGAAUACAGUAUAGCUGAUGUGCUACCCCACAGAAAGCACAGAUAACUACAACAAAAUUCAGCUGCUGGAUGUGACCAUGUUCCUUACUAACCAUGUGAAUAUAUGGGUGGUCAAGACUCACCGAGGGCACAGUUCUAAUGUGAUCCUCAACAAAAUUGAAAAGAACAGCAUUUCAUAGAUCUCCAAGAUAGGUGAGAAUCUUGAAAGCUGAUAACAUUUCUUUUGGAAUGUUAAGGGUCCGUUACUCUUGUCACUGCC